AUGGCGUCGACGGCCUUCCCCUCGCUCUCCUCCACUGUAGCCCCUCCGCCUUCCGCCCUUUGGUCCGCCAAACUCUCCGUGAGGUCCCCCCAGCCUUCCCCCGUCAGCUCGCUUGCGCCGAUUCCCCCAUUUUCGCGCGCUCAUACGCGGAGGCCACAGCACCUUUUGCCGUCGCUCAUCGCAUCAUCUUGUCCUCCUCCUUACCUCGCUCCAUACCCGACAAACGAGCCGUGGCAAAACUUCGUGCUAGGCCAGGGCGGCAGCCCGGAGCUCGUGAACCCGUACGUGGUUCAGAGCGGCGACGGGCGCGUCGCGUGGGGGAUACCGGCGCGCAACGCGCAGCCGGCAUACAUCAUCCAGGCCUUCAUCACCAACCUCAUGCUCUCCACGCUGCAAGGCCUUCCGCCGCACCAGGUCUCCGCCUACGACGAUCUCUCCGUUACCCUCUCCUUCCGCCCGCCCUCCGCCGCGCCUUCCGCGCCCCCCGCGCUCGUGGUUCCGCUGGUGCGCGGCUCCCCGUAUUUGACUUUCAUAUUCCCCCAGGGCGGGCCCCCUGCGACGCCCGUGCUGAAGACGAUCCACGCGAUUCUGAGCGUAGAGGCGCGCGGCGACAGCAAGUACCGCGUCGCGCUCAACAACGGCCAGACAUGGCUGGUGUACCUAUCGUCGCCGCUGGCGCUGCGGCAGGAUGGAUCGUCGAUCGUGGCGGGCGCGCCGUUCACGGGGACCAUGCGCAUCGCGCUGCUGCCCGGCAACUCCCCGCAGCGCGAGGAGGCGCUGCUGGACGCGCACGUGGCGACGGUGCCGGUGGGCGGGCGCGCGCGGGUGGGCGCGUUCCGCAUCAAGCUAAGCUGGCGCACGCAGCAGUGGCGCAAGCUGGCUCCCGGCGGCACCAAAACGCCGCUGCUCAUGCUGUCUCUGCCAGCAUUCUGCAUCAUGGUCCUUACUAAGAUAGUACCUCCUCCCCCUUCUUCCCCACGAGCAGUGCACCGGCGCCUGCGAGUGUUCGCGCACAACCCAACCCCGGCCACCUCCCUCCGCCGCCACCGCAGCGUCUCCCCUUCCAACGACGGCACGGCCGCCAUCCGCGUCUCCCCUGACCCCGCGCCUGCCGGCCUAUCCUCUACCCGCGCCGACGGCGGGUGGGGCGAGUCAGAGUGGGACUCAAGCAGCAGCAGCAGCGGCAGCAGCGACGGCGAGACGGGGAGCCUCCCAACCGCACAGGGCAAUGCAGCAUCAACAGCAGCAGGCGAUCCCGCAGCGUCAAACCAGGCAGCCAUGGCCUGGACAUCAGCGUCAUCAUCGUCCGCAGCACGAGCGGCGCAGGAGACGGUACUCUCAUACCCCACCAUAGACGGGCGAGCAGUAGGCGUGAAAGGCGCGGUUUGGGAGCUCAAAGUGCCGAAGACGCCCACCACGUGGCACUCUCCGCGCCUCUCGUCCGACUCGCAGUUGAUGGACGAUCUACGGGCGAGUCUGAAGCAGGACGUCGCGGCGCUCCCGCCGCUCACCACGGCCUCGACGUACUUCUUCGGCAAGGCCGCGGCGCGCGCGGCGCGCCUCGCGCUGAUCGCGGAGCAGGUGCACGACGACGGCAGCCUCGCCGCGGCCCUGCCGCCGCUGCGCGCCGCGCUGACCGCCUGGCUGGACGGAACCUUCCCCGGAAACCGCCUUCUGUACGACCCCACGUGGGGUGGCGUGGUGAGCGAAGCCGGGUCGCGCGACAAGGGCGCGGAUUUCGGCCUGGGGAUGUACAACGACCAUCACUUCCACUACGGUUACUUCGUCUACGCUGCUGCGACCGUCGCGAAAUUCGACCCGAUGUGGGGUAACCGUUACCGCGCGCAGCUCGCGGCGCUCGUCGCGGACUACAUGUCGGUGAACCGAACCGCGGCGUUCCCAAGGUUGAGGCAUUUCGACGCGUACGCGCUGCACUCGUGGGCCAGCGGGCUGUUCGACUUCGGCGACGGGCGCAACCAGGAGAGCUUCAGCGAGGCCGCGAACGCCUACUAUGCCGCGUCGCUCCUCGCGUUCACCUUCGGCGACCUCCCAUUGGCCACGCUCGGCGCCACGCUGGCAGCAGUCGAGUCCGUUGCGGCGCAGGUGCUGAUGCAGGUGCCGGUGGCGGGAAGCUCCUCGUCCCCCCCGCCGUCGCUGUCGCCCGCGUACGAGCCGGUAUUCGCGGACGCGAAUCGCAUGCUAGGCAUGGUGUGGUCGACGAAGCGCGACGCGGGGCUGUGGUUCGCGGCUCCUGCUGAGCUGGACAAGCGUGUGGGAAUCCAGGUGCUGCCGGUGACGCCCUUCCUCGCGCACCUCUUCCCCGACCGCGCGUACGCGCGCCAGCUCGUGGAAUGGGCGCAGCCCGUGCUGAGCGGGAGUGGAGUGACGGACGAGUGGCGGGGCUUCGCGUGGGCGCUGCAGGCGCUGUAUGAUCCCCCGGGGGCGCGGGGUAGAAUCGGCGCGCUGGGUGCUUUUGAUGACGGCAACUCGAAGACUAACAUGCUCUGGUGGCUCGCCUCCAACACGCCAUAG